GAAAACCCUGUCACCCUGUUGAAAAUGAUGGCGUGCGUUUGGGUCCGUUGGCGUCCAUCGUGUCAGUUGUAAGAUUGUAGGCGGUUAUAAACGUCAGAUUGUCAGUUGUGACGUGACCGCGCCGUUUGUGUUCAACUGGACAGUUUGGUGCACUUGUGGCCCAUGUUGGCUUUGCCAAUUUUGCUCUGAGCUUUGGUACGUUUCUCAAGUGGUCCCCGUGGUCCCCUCCUGCCUCCUUCACAGUCUCACGAUUGCCUCGACAGGGUACGCACCUCGAUGGACAAGAAGUGUCAAAAGCUAAAGAACUACUCUGCCCGCAUCAGCCGUCUGUUCCCGAGAGACAAGACGGCCCGGCAGAUUUUUGCCAGUCUCCGCAGCACCAAAAGUGCCUUGAGCGCGCGCAACGUUGACUACGACCAACCCUGCACAGGGAGCGACGUGCAGUGCUGCCACAUUCUGGAUGACCUCAGCUUCUGGAACGAAUUGCUGUGGCUCUGUCACCUGGAGAUGAGGGAAGAAGCACCGGGGGAGCUCGGCACAGACUGCCUGGUCGGCUUCACUCCUAUCAUUGCUUCGGAAGCCAUGUGCUGCCACGCACACAUUAUCCUGCACUGGCUUCUCACAGAGCACCAUUGCAUCAAAACGCUCAAGGUCAAAGGUGUUGUCGCGCACAGAAACCCCAGACUCUUCCUCGACGCCCUCCGCCUAAACAACGGCCUGAGACGCCUGGAGCUGCACGAGUGCGACUUGGAGGACGAGUGCAAGACGCGAAUCCAGGAUGCUUCUCAGUACCUGGUGGUGGCCAUCGGCACUCUUACGGGUCUAGAGGAGCUCGUACUGCACGACGUCUUUCUGUCCCAGGAUGCUCUCGCGCUUCUCGGAACCGCCUUUGAGAACAUGCCGUGUCUGAGGUUCUUCUCUGCCAGCCUCGGCUAUAUGUCCGCUCCCAAGACGGACGUCCUCAUACGGAGCUUGAAGCGGAGCAAGACAAUCAAGGCCUUACACUGUAACGACUGGUGUCUGCACCACGGAAAGGACACAACGUUUGCUGAAUACUUGGCGGAGCAUGUCGUCCUUCAGGAGCUUGUCAUCAACAUUACCAAGGGCUUCCGGUCGAGGACAGAAGAAGUCAAGUCAGUGUUGGAAGUCUUGGCAACAAACCGUGUUCUGAGGAAGCUACACCUCGUCGGCCACUUGUUCGAGCCAUCUCAGGGUCCGCUACUUUCCAAGGUGAUGGCAACCAAUAACACGCUGCAGAGUUUCCGCACUUAUGGAAACAAGUGCACGUUUGAGGAUGACUCCUUAGCCGAGAUUGUCGGGAACAAUACCGGACUUCUCGAGUUAGAAAUGGAAAAUAUUGCAGUGGUGGGUGUAGAGAAGCUUGCAGAGGCCAUUCGUACCAAUACGACAAUGAAGAAGUUGAGCCUUUGCUGCUCCGAACUGUCACUCGAGGACAUAACGAAGCUGUGUGAAGCAUUGGCUAAAAAUAGCUGGCUCCAGACGGUCACGGGAGAAGAGGUCAACGAGAGUCUGGUAGCAGACGUGUACAAGGUUCUACGGGAGACUGGCACAGACCAGAGAAUGAAGUUUAGAAGCGUCAUCAAAAGUCCCUUUGCAUUGCAGGAAGCUCUAGAGCACUGCCAUGAGCUCACAGAGGUCGAUUACCAUCCAGCACCUCGAAGCGUUACUGGCACGUUGAAUUCAGUGUUUGGCUGCUACUUCAUUGAUGAACUAGAUUCUGAAGAUGAGGUUUGCAUUCACAGAUAUCCGCCAGUUCCGAAGACUGGUGGCUCACCUGCUCCCGAAUUCUCUGCGUUUAGUUGCCUGACUUCGUGCAGUCAGUUAAUGAAACUUGAAAUCACGCUAGCUGAAGAGAUGAGCACGAGCUGCGCAGAACUGCUGGCACAGUUCUUGUCGUCAACGAAGAAGCUCAGGCACGCCGACCUCAACUUUCCGACAACCAUUUCGGCUACACAGAUUCUCCUGGACGCGAUGUCCCGUAACAAUAGCGUUUCGACGCUGAUUUUGUCGAACUGGCACUUCCUCAGCUACCACGCGGAGGACUUUGCUGAAACGCUGGGAAGGAACGAGACGCUGAAUUACCUCGAGCUCCACCUUGUAAAAGCGGGCCUAAUACUGAAUGAGCUGUCCGCCACGGUGGAGGGUAACAAGUUCUUGGUCAGCAUCAAGGUCGACGACGACUGCCACGUGGAUGACGAAGUGUGGAUGUUCAAGGUCAUGGACGUCCUGCGACGGAACUUCUCCUUGUUGCAGCGUGCAGUUCACUUUGUCAUGGGCAGGUGCGACAAGCGGUGCUGGGAGGCGUUUGAAGAAGUCUUUCGGAGCAGGGCAUUGUCCGAGAAGGUCCAACAACUGUCCGGCGGAUCCGAAUCGGAUACCGAGGAGAGGAUCCGAAAAGCCAGGAGGCAUCUGGACGCCAACUUUAUGGUCGUGGCUGGCGUAGUCAGCGAGGCUGUGGUUUGCGACGGUGGACGUCUGGGGCAGAUGCGGUUGGAUCAGAUCGGACUGGACAACUGGCUGCGGGUGCGGUCCUAUCUGAAGUUGACUGACAUUAAGGACAUGCCGACAACACUGCGUGCUUGUGAACUAACCAAAGGGUUCUGAGGGGGGAGUCUGGUCAAAUGCGAGAUUUCUCUGCGACGACCCAUCUGUGAUAACCAUGUGGUAACCUGAACAAAGGAUUCUUUUCUUGUCUUUGUUUUCUUUUGUGCCAUUUUAUUAAACAAAAUUUUGUCUUUGUA